AUGAUUGCUCUCUUCUCGGUUCUCCUGGCUCUGCUGGCUCCUCAAGCAUUAAAUGCCGCAAUUUCCGGAGAGCUGAACUGCACUACGUACAAUGGAACAUCGUCCCACGCCUCAACUGUGCCACCAUCACCCAAUCUCAAUGCAUGUCUUCCCAAUGGAGAACCAUCAUCGCUACCGACUGCCCAUCUGCCUGCGGAUUCUGUAACGAGGGUGGAUGUGUGGAUGGUGUCACGGAUUGUGCCAACGAUCGCUCCAUCUGCCAAGGUGUUGGAAUGCAAGAUUUUGUCAAUCAAUACUGCCAGAAGACGUGCCAAAGAUGUUCGUCUUCUACCACCGCUAGAUCUGCAACCGGAACUGGAACCGGCACCUGCACCUCUUACAUUGCUGACUCCAGCUCUUCCUGCGCUGCCUGGGCUACUAACGGAUUCUGCACCAACACCUUCUACACAGCCGCUCAACGCAGAUCCUAUUGUGCUACUACUUGCAGACUCUGCUAGAGCAAUCACUUCUACUGUAAUUUGA